GGACUCGAGACGCUAGGAAGCUGCUGUGGUCCAGACUUGCAGGUGAGCACAUGGCUCGAGAUGCGUAUUCCACACGACUACGUCCACUCGCACGUCUGACUCGCUCUCUUGCUCGGACCACGAAACCGACUCUUGGAGGCAAGACCUUGACUCGUUCUCGUCUCAUCCACAUCCUCCCGGAAGUCGGGCCAGUACUGUCGCCACGCCCGCGAUCAUCUCCAGCUGUCCUUCUCAAGGCGGCGCACCGCGCAAUUCGUUCAUAUUGCGCUCCCAUUUUGACCUUUUGCCACUAAAUUUAAGCUUCGCAGACGUUCACCAUUCGCAAUGGAGCUGGACUACGGUCCCUCAGACGACAUCACUAGCUCGGAAGCUGCCGACCUCAAUCCGAGACUUGCGCCUCACGAGGUGUUCUACGGCAAAGAAGAUGCGGAUGGCAUGUCAGGUGAAGAGGAUGAGGAGGAGCAGUAUGACGCGGAUGGCAACCCGAUCAACCGAGCAGCGCUGAGGCUUCAAGAGAGGAGGAGAAGCGAGGCGGAGAGGAGAGGUGCGCGCUUCUAUGCUUUGCCUCAAAAGCACGGAAGCAUCAUCCCUGGCGCUCCUGAUGAGGAGAGCCUCGUGAUGGCUCUGCAGAAGCUAGACUCGGAGCAAGCUGCUGGACCUGCUCCGACUGUGCCUGGACCCAUUGGCGGCGGCCUCGACGUUCGUCUGGUCGCUCUGCAUCUUAGCGGAUCACCGAUCACACAACUAUCCACUUCUCGACUCUUUGCACUGAUCACGCACUUCGGCGCUGCACCUCUUGGGCUCGAAUGGAUAGACGAUCAAAGCGCUGUAGUCGUCUUCUCCGACGCCAAUUCGGCCCUUGCAGCUCUGCAACUCACGACCUCCGAGAGCGGCUCAGACUCCUCGUAUCCCUCUCUAGACCACGUCGAAGCAGCGGCUCAAAUUCAGCUCCUGCACGAGCGCGGCGAAACUCCGGCAGAAGAGAUCCCUCAAGAGCUGGUCGAGGCGCUACUGCUGCCUCGCAGAGUGCGCAACUUGCCGGUCAAGUUGUACAGCAGCAACGAGAAGGAGACUCUGAUGACCGUUCUCAGGAGUCACAAAGAGGCGGAGAAAAGGCGGGCAGAGCUGCCAGCAGACGCCCCUGCAAUCUAUGCAGAGAUGGCUGCUGAGGAAGAAUCCGCGCUGGAGAAUGAUCCUACACGCCAAGCACUACGAAAGCUUCGUGGUCCGCUCUGGGUCAGAUACGCUUUGGAAAGCAGUGACACCAAAGCCGGCAGACGGCGAGGAGAGCCACGUUCUCCAACGGAUGGGCCGCAAGCAGCAGGAGGCAGCACCAGCGAAUGGUAUAGGCAGCAUGGACGGGAUGCGGGCAGAGAAGUGGUGCCCAGGCUUUUGGACAUUGCUCCCAAACGCUCGCGAGGGAGGGGAAACGAAGGUCAGAGCAUGAUCGAUGCUAUGGAUGCAGAGCUUGACGAUUUGAGGAAACGGGAAGGGGACGAUGACGACGAUAAAUACCCCUUGAUGAGGCUUGGCUCUCGGAUCGAUGAGAGCUGGCAGCACGACCGAUUCGAUCAGAACGAUCGAGGUCAGCGUUACGUAGAAGGCACUGGUGAACAUAGACGAGGUCGGGGAGGAUCUAACCGAGCUGCUAUGGACGCGCUGGAUGAAGAACUGGAGACCUUGCACGACAGGAACAGGGACAGAUCUGCUAGUCCAGUUCGCCGAGCUGAGAGAGCUUCAGAUUCGCCUGCAAGCCACGUUCGUAUCAAGGGUCGAGGGGCCAUGCGAGCCCCCGGUGCGGGUUCCAGAGGCUGGGAUGAUCUGGGUGGGGUCGGCAGAGCGGACGAUGGAGGAGAGUCGAGGAGGAGAGGCGGGGGUGGGAUGCACGCCGAUGAGUGGGCUGAUCGGCGCAGGGGACGAGGUCGAAGAAGCGGUGCAUUCGAUGCUGAUGCUGGAGCGGAUGCCGAGAGGUGGUCGCACAACAAAGAUAGAAGAGGCGGAGGCAUGUCCAAUGCCUCUUCCUUGGCGGAACGAUUCGGCGAUGAAUCGGGACGACGCUCCAACGGCACCAUCCGAAGUGAGGCUGGACUCGACAGACGAUUGGCAGGUGGAAGACUGUCGGACAGACUGCAGGAAUCUCUAGAGAGCCGAUUCAAUUAGCGCUACUCGUCUGCGCUCCCAAUAGGCACUUUUCACCAUGUCUUCUCCGAGCGAACUCGCUUCUUACAUUGUAUUCUCGAUGUCAUUGGAAGCUCAUGACUUGACUUCGAGGCACUCUCUGAGUGCGCUCUGCGAGCCAGCCUGACCGCACAUGCGGCCCGGCCCGCCCCUUACCUAGCGAUCCGGCUCGCGAGCUUCAAAAAUUCUCGUUCAGCUUAUUAGGCUCGAUUGUGCG